AUGGACAUCCGCAGGACAGGUGCCGCCGGAAUGCGGAUACCAUUACCACCCUACCGGGACACUGCUGCCACACCGCGAUCUACUUCCCGAUCCAACUCCCAAACCUCAGAGGACUCUCUUCAACCUCGAGAAGCCAUGGUCAUUCCUGGUGCACGCUUCAACGACGUCCCUCCACCACUACCUCCCCCGCGAUACAACAAUGAGUUGGCUCAGGGUGUAGACGUUGCCUGGAAAUGGGCCAACGGCGAAACCUUUGAAACACAACGACACCUGGCGCCCAUCAAGCCGGGCUCAAGCCUGUACGGUGGCUAUUUGGACUCGAGGACCAACUUGGGCCGUGCCCAGGACCCUGACGAGAUGGACCUCGACGACGACGACUACACCCGCCGAAGCAGCAAUGUCUCGACGGUGAGGUCACCCUCGCACGCCGAUAUACGCCUGGCGGGUUCAGUGCCCGCCUUGAUUCGGAAACCGCCAUCUCCAACACUGACGAGUCAGAGAUUGCAAGGGGAAGUGCCGUUGGCACAGCGAAACUUCGACCGCUCGUCGCAAGCAUACGACCAAAGGCUUUUGUCCAAGAUUGGGAAGUCGAACUCGCCACCGCGGCAUCAGCGUUCGGGGUCGACAGAAUCCUCAUCUUAUGGCACGAAACUUUCGCUGCAAACAAAGGAUUCAAAAGUCCAAUUGUUGUCAGCCAAUGAGCUUCCAUCGGCCGUCUUUGAUCCGGUGUCCAGAUGGAUCACAAGCCCGGUAUCGGCAGGUGUUUCACCUGGAUCGCGAGCCGGCUGGCGCGACUACAAUAUGGAUCAUCGAAGCCCCUCGAUGGACAGCACGAGUAAUUCGCUCGUGUUGGAUCCCGAAUUGUUUCUUCAGCCUCGACCGACCGGCCUGCCCGUGGCGGGCGGCAGCGGCGCCACCCCGGGAUUCGACGAGGUGGCCAGUAUUGCGAGUCGCUCACAUCGCGGCAGUUAUGACCAGGGGUUUUUCGCCGAGACAGAAUCCGACAUUGGCGGCGAGGAUGGCAACGCAUUCCGCAAUCUCAAUCUGAGUGACCGACCAGAGCAGCAAGUGGGUCGGCGAUCUUCUAAGCAGGGUAUGAAGCGGAGAGCAGGAUCACCCCCGUCCGAUGUGGCUCGGGACGACAAAUCCCCGUCACGUGGUACCGCAUCAGCAGAGCUGUUCCAAAAGGUCACCACGACCGCGUCUGCACGGUCGCCCGUGUCCAAGUAUUAUCAGCAGCCAAAGUAUGGAUCUGUCUCGUCGACCGCGUCGAGCGUGAGGCAAAACUCCUAUGCAUCGUCUGUGGCUCUUUCAGUGGCCGGCAGUAGCAUGACCAGCAUAUCUUCCUUCGAGCGACAGUCACCGCUGGACCCUGCUUCACAGCCUGCAUAUAUAACCUCGGCCCAGCCUGUUUCGAGCCCUGCCACGUCAAUUGCUCCCUCCAGAAAACAGUCGACUCAGUCUCCGCUUGAUACAAAACCUCCCUUUUCAAAGUCAUCCACACAACCCGUCAUGAGCGACUCGAGGCUUCCGCCUGCGACCCGCGUGGGCAAUUACUUUAUCUGCGACUGUUGCCCCAAAAAGCCCAAAAAAUUCGACACAGAGGCAGAGCUCAGAGCGCAUCAAAUGGAGAAGCAGUAUACGUGCCAAUACUGCAACAACCGCUUCAAGAACAAAAAUGAGGCCGAACGUCACCAAAAUUCUCUACAUCUACGGCGCCAUUCUUGGUCGUGUGCGGCUAUUACGAGGUAUGAGGCCGCGUUUCACCCGUCUUCUUCUCCUUCAGGUGGUGGCGCCUCGACCGAUGUGUGCGGCUAUUGCGGAGAAGAAUUCCCAAAUCUCCCUCAGCCGGACUGGGAUCGCCGGAUCGACCACCUCACCAAUGUCCACAAAUUUGGCGAGUGCAACCAGUCCAAGAAGUUUUACAGGGCCGAUCAUUUCAGACAGCAUCUCAAGCACAGCCACGCUGGACAGAGUGGGAAAUGGACCAACAUGCUGGAAAAUGUGUGCUUGCGCGAGGAAAUUCCCCAAGAUCCUAUUGGAAUCUCACCAAGUGGAAGUGACUCAAGUCCAGGACGAGGACCCAGCGGCCUUUCCGACAGACCCAUGGGUGGUGCCACGAUUGACGAAGCCCAGGAUGAAACUUGA